GCUUUUGGACAAAUAUCAAACAACUUAGAUUUAGACACAUCUAAGCUAUCAAAAGAUAUGGAAACAAAUUUAAAGGAUCUGGGAAAGACAUUUCAAGAAAAUGGUGUUAACUUACCAGAAUUAAAUGUGACAAGCGUGAAUGUAGAAAAGGUGGAACAAGUUUUAAGAGAAAAAUGUGAAAAACAAGGCGCUGGAGAUGUUGUAGACUCGAUUAAGGACAAACAAGAAGAAAUUAAAAACUGCGUUACUGAGAACAUCAACGUUACCCAAGUCCAGGAGGAAUUGGAAGAAGCGAAGAAAACUGGAUCAAUGGAUGUUGUGUUCGCAAAGUACUGCAAAAAAAUGGCCGGAAAUAUACGAAUGUGUUGAGAAUGUUACAAGCGAGGUGCGUAGAUGUUUGAAGCGAAACCGAGGAGAAAAACCUU